GAAAUAGGUUAUCGUUUUAUUUUAUAAUUUUCUGCAACAUAAAUGUUUUUAUUUAGUGGAAUUAGUACAUUAAUUUAUGUGUAGUGUUUGUGAGAAGAAGCCGUGUAUAAUGUUAUAGCGUUUUCUCUAAUUACAAGGUAUCGAAGUUAUUUGAAAUGGAUUUCGGUCAGCCUCCACCGAAUAUGGGGAUGCCUCCACCCGGCAUGGGUGGUCCUAUGGGGCCGCCUUUAGGCCCGCCCGGCCGUAACAACAUGCGCCAUAAUUUUAGGCCUUUCAACUACCAGAUGCGCUUCCCACCUCAGGGUCCUCUGAAUAUGACACAGGAUGAUUUCGACGGUAAACGCUUACGUAAAUCAGUUAUGCGUAAAACUGUAGACUAUAAUGCUGCGAUUAUAAAAGCUUUAGAGUGUCGCGUGUGGCAGAGGGACUGGCGCGACAGGCACGCGUUGCAGCCCGAUGCUAUGUACACCCCAGACCUGAUGCCUCCGCCGUCGUACCCCGAUAAUCCGAUAAACGCGGUCACUACUCGUUUUGUUAAGACAGCUACUAAUAAGAUGAGAUGUCCCAUAUUCGCUGUAGCGUGGACGCCGGAAGGUCGAAGGUUAAUCACUGGAGCGUCAUCUGGAGAAUUUACGUUAUGGAAUGGUCUGACAUUUAACUUCGAAACUAUUCUACAAGCUCAUGACUCACCGGUCAGAUCAAUGGUUUGGUCACAUGGGGAAGGAUGGAUGGUCACUGGUGACCACUCUGGAUUUAUCAAAUAUUGGCAAAGUAAUAUGAACAAUGUAAAAAUGUACCAAGCUCACAAGGAAGCUGUCAGAGGAAUAAGUUUUAGUCCGAGUGAUGCGAAAAUUGUUACUUGUUCUGAUGAUGGAACCUUGCGCAUUUUCGACUUCUAUAGAUGUCAAGAAGAAAGAAUUCUAAGAGGCCAUGGUGCAGAUGUUAAAUGUGUUCAAUGGCACCCGACUAAAGCUCUCAUUGUAUCAGGAAGCAAAGACAACCAACAGCCGAUCAAGUUAUGGGAUCCAAAAUCAGGAACUGCUCUUUCUACUCUUCACGCACAUAAAUCAACUGUUAUGGAUUUGAAAUGGAAUGACAAUGGUAACUGGCUUAUAACUGCUUCCCGAGACCAUUUGCUCAAAUUAUUUGAUAUUCGUAAACUUGGCACAGAAUUACAAAUAUUUAGAGGCCAUAAGAAAGAAGCAUCAAGUGUAGUUUGGCACCCCACUCAUGAAGGAUUGUUCUGUUCUGGUGGAUCUGAUGGAGCAAUAUUGUUUUGGAAUGUUGGUACUGACAAAGAAGUGGGAUGCAUAGAGGGUGCCCAUGAAUCUAUAGUUUGGACUAUGGCUUGGCAUCCUCUUGGUCAUAUUUUAUGCUCAGGCUCUAAUGAUCACACAUCCAAGUUCUGGACUCGUAACCGACCUGGUGACUUGAUGAGAGACAAAUAUAAUUUGAAUACCUUGCCUCCUGGUGUUCAAGAUGAUCAUGACUUGGAAGAACCAGCGGUUAUUCCAGGAAUGGGUCCAGAAGAUAAAGUGGAAUUGUUUCCUUCAGACACUGAUAAAGUUAUUCCUGGUCUUGAUUUGGACACUACACUCAUUCCUAUGGAAUUUGAAAAGAAAGUUAAAAAGGUACCAUAUAGUAAGCCCAUUCCAAGAAACUUCCAGGCUCAGUGGAAUCAUGGUCCCAGUGCUGAUGAUGCCACCACCGAGGCCCUGACUCAAGCUCUAGUAGAAUCUGUCCCAGGUGCGGUUCCGCUUCAACAAAUCACUCCAUCAGCUAUAUUUAUUUAUGGAAAAUUAAUACCUGUAGAUCCAGGUUCUAAAUUAGAGAAAGCUAUUAUUGAUGGACCUUUGGCAUUAAAGAAGUACAUUGCUACAGGUGAGCUAGAAGAAUUACAUGAAGUAAUGCCACAUUUGGAGGAAGACGCUGAUGAUGAUAACUUUCCACCAUUUGAAUAUCCAGACCCUGAAGAUAAUAAUGAUUCUAAUGAGAAUGAAGGCAAUGAUAAAGACAAUUACAAUCAAGAUGAAGAGUAUUAUGAUCAAGAGAUGGAAGCUAAUAACCAAAAUGAUGAAGAUGAUUAUAAUAAUUACAAUAAUGGACCAGAUGUGAACAAUAUGGGGCCUAUGCCUCCUAACAUGCCUCCUCCUAUGGGUAACAUGAUGAGACCACCAAUGCCAAUGGGUCCUCCAAUGGGGCCUGGUAUGGGACCUCCCAUGGGCCCUGGAAUGGGUCCUAUGGGACCAAUGCAUAUGGGUCCACCUCCACCGAUGGGCGGAAUGCCUCCUAUGGGCAGCCUGCCACCAAUGGGUAAUAUGCCACCAAUGGGCAACAUGCCGCCCAGGCCGCCUUUCUCUGACAAUGGCUACAACAAAGGAGGCUAUGAUAAUCAGUACCAACAGAAUAAUGAGGAAUACAACGAAGAAGAAUCUUACGAUCAAAACUAUGAUGAUGAGAACUAUAAUGAAGAUGGUGAAGGAGAGGAAGGAGGAUACGAUGGGCGUCAGAAUCAAAGGUGGGGCGGAGGUUAUAGAGGCCGGGGUAGAGGGCGAGGCCGCGGCAUGAACGGGCACGGUGGACGCGGCAACUGGCGCGGCAACAGCGGAGGACGCGGCGCGCCGUGGAACCGGCGGGGCGGCGGCGCCAACCGCGGCUUCAGGCGCGGCGGCAAACCUAUUCCUAACUAGUAUAAGUGCAUUCUUAUAAUGGACAUUAUGCACAUUGGACUCUAUUUGUUAAGUUGUUAUGAUUUCCUUAAGGACUUCCCACGAAAGUUAAGUGUAAAGACAAUACAGUGCUAUUUGCAAAGGUUGUAUAUAAUUUUGAGUUACAGCAUGUAUUUUAAGUUACUAAGCUGGAUACAUAAUAAA